AUGCCGGACCCGCUCGUCAAGUUGUCGUCCACCAGGCCAACUGUCCUGCGGCUGAUACUGUUGGCUACUUUAGUCUACGCGAUAUUGAUAGUAGUGUGGAUGAUAUCUAGUCAACAGUACUUCUUAUCUACGCCCGUACAAGUAGAGGCAGAAAGUCGUGCGGCAUUAGCCCAGAACCUCUCACUUAAAGUUUUGGAGACAGAGGCCCCUAUAGUGACCGUCAAGAACCCUCCAAUCAAUAUGUUCAAGACAGAGGCCUCGGCAGUAACCGUCAAGGACCUUUCACUCGAAGUAUUGAAGACAGAGGCCCGUGCAGCAACUGUCAAGAACGGUUCGCGUGAAGCAUUGGAGACACGCCAAUUCAAGUGUAUCGGAUGGAGAGCCACGCACGGCUGCAGUGCAGACGGAGCUCGUGAUGUGGCGAAUGACAAAGUGUGCGACGAACGGGUCGAACACACUGCGUCUGGCUACUGUGAGAUUGAAGACGUCAAGACCGGUGAACGGCUCCGUGCUAUGCGACGUGGGUGUGCCACAGUCCGGAAACGGGCCAACUUCUUUUGCUCUCUUGCACCGGAUUUCGCGAAUUUCCCCGCAAAGAUUGGCCAAGUGGUGGAAAAAGUCAGUGCACCUGGCUUUAGUCUGCCGAACAGCAAUCAAACCGAGGCAGUACGGGCAGGUAUUGUCAUGGUUGUGUACCCGAAACUCCUAGCAGGCGCAUAUGCUUCGAUUCGCACACUGAGAGAGGUGUUGCGUUGUCAAUUACCGAUCGAAAUCUGGUUCCGACCGGACGAGAUGCAGAAUGUGCCUGCUGGGCUCAAGCAAUUAAAAGAGGCUGCAAAGGUGGAUACAAUGGAUGGGGUCACAUUUCGAGCAAUCGAUGAUUUGCGUGCGGUUCGUUUCGCAGCUAAGGUGCAUGCGAUCUACAAUAGCGCUUUCGACCAAGUGCUGUUCCUGGAUGCGGAUAACGUUCCAGUGCGUGAACCGGCUUUCUUAUUCGAGUCUGAAGAGUUUGUGAGAACUGGAGCUGUGUUUUGGCCGGACUAUUGGCACCCGCAGAACAGUAUCUUUCACCUCGUCAAAGACUCAUUGUUGGGCCAAAUGCUGGAUAUGCAGUACGUUGACAUGUUCGUGCAGGAAAGUGGCCAGCUCUUGAUUGAUCGAAGACGCCACGCUGCUGCCAUGGUGCUCCUAAAUGCGUCGUUUUCUAUGGUUCAAACUCUAGCUGCAGUCGCUGGCAAGCUUGUGAAUGAGUCAUUUUGUGGUAUGACGAUGGCUCAACACGAUUUUGGUGGAAACGUGCUUUUCCUUCACCGCAAUGCCAACAAACUGACUGGGCGACGACAACGUUACAACGUGAAUCACGUGUUUGGUCCUCUAGAACCCGACAACCUACCGGAUCCAGUCAUUUGGACGCAUCUGUGGUCAUUUCGAAACUCGUCGCGUCGGAAUGAUUACAGGAUUGAGUCAUACAGAGCACCUCCAGAAUUUCCUGUGUGGCAACGGUGUUCGGGCAAGCGCCACCUUCAUGACAACGUGCUGUUUUCCACACAGAAAUUCGCAGACCUGAGCUUUUCUGGACUUGAGACGCAUCUCAGGCGUUUCGCCAUGGAAGGCGUCCAACAGCUGCGGAGAUUUCAGGCUGCAAUGAAGAACGGAACACACUGGGGUGUGUGA